GGGGCACAUGGGACGAAGUGAGCCCGGCCACCUCCUAGCCCACAACCACCCACUCAAUUUGCACCCCGACAUCCGAUCUGACUCGACUUCUCCUCUCCCUGCCCGGUUCCACCCUGUGCCGGCCCCGGCUGUGUGCCCUACCAUGUGCCGCGCGUUUCAGAGCACCUUGAAAAAUGAGCUCUCAUGCUUCCGCAUCACCGACCACCUCCUACGGAGCGGUCGGUGGCAGCCCCCUGUCCGCCGAGGCGGACAGUCUCAUCUCGUCCUACCUUGCCGACCACCGGGCUCAUCGCACCGGCUCCGAGACAUCCCUUGUGACGGAGUCCUCCCACAGCGACGGGCGUGAUGAUGGGAGUUUCUUCAGUUACGACGCCUCGGGGCCCGGCUCGUCCGGCUACUAUCCCGAGGAUGACAACGACCACAAGGCCCUCCUCGGCAACGACGGCGGGACAAAGCCCUCUGCUUCUGGAGAGGGCGGCUCCCCCAGCGACCAGCUUGGUGGCCAAUCAUCCUCGACCGAGGCCCCGCCCAAGACCGGGACAGACAGCCGGCGUUUCCGCCUUGCCAUGGCCCUCGUGUGUAUGUUUGGCCUGGCCAUCUCCUGGGUGGCCCAAGGCUGGCUCGGUCAGAGCCUCCAGGACAGUGGCUAUGAGAAUCCAUACAUCAUGAGUUACUUUGGGCAUAGCAUGUUUGCCCUGGGCAUUCUAAUUGUAUUGCCCUUCUACAAGACCUUCGACAUCAACCCCCGGCGCUACCUCAUGCCGACCUUCGUCCUUGCGUGUAUCUCCUUCCUCAUGCUGUAUCUGUGGUACCUCUCGCUCAACCACACGAUGCUCUCCCUGAACACGGCCAUCUACCAAUGCGUGUGUGUCGUGGUGUACUUCCUUUCAAUGAUCCUCCUCAAGGAGCGCGCGGACUGGCGCAAGUUCCUGGCCGUGGCCGUGUGCAUUACCGGGGUCUUCCUGACGGCAUUCGCCCCGACCGAGGAUGACUCCUCCACCGAUGGGACUGCCCUCGGGUACAUGCUGCUCAUUGGCUCGACCAUUCUCUAUGGUCUCUAUGAGGUUCUGUUCGCAUGGUAUCGCCUCGUGCCGCCUGAUGCUCCCGCUCUCGAGGGUCUUCUGGCUUCUAUCUAUACCCUGGGCCUGACUGGCGUUUGGACAUUCCUCAUCUUCUGGAUUGGUAUGCCCAUCCUCCAGGCCACCGGGUUCGAGAACAUUGCCCUGCCUCCGACGCCGGAACUCCGCAUGGACCUGCUCAUCUUGUGGUUCGUGGUGGUCAUCUACCAUGCCCUGCUGCUGAUUUGCCUCUUCAUGGCCGGAUCGCCGCUGCUUGUGUCUGUCGGCACCAUCCUCGCCGUGCCAACGGCCAUCCUGGUGGAGUUCGUGGCGGCCCAGAUCGGGGGUGGCCCGGCCCCCUCCAUCCAUGCCAUGGCCUGGGCCGGCAUGUGUCUCAUUGUGCUGGGUUCGUGCUGCUGACCGCCGCCAAUGAGACCAGCCUCGGGGCUGGGCUUUUUGCUCGCUUCGCCCGCCGCCUCGGCUUCAAUGUGUACUGCCCGGCUGAGGGGGAUGAGCCGAGCUCCAACUGCGGCGGUGGGGCCAAGGUGGAUAGCAACGUCGACACGACCGUGUGAGAGACAGGCCGAAAGGCACCCGGUUGCGCUCCUUGCCUCCUGCCCCCCCCCCCCCCCACCCAAAGUACGGUGUGUACCCCCUCCCCUGGGCGAGCCUCUCGCCGCCACUCAAAAGGGGGCGCGUCCGAGGCCUCCGCGCCUCUUCCACCCGCCCCCCCUCCUCUUCGGGAGCGUGCGCGCUCACACGCAUACAUGCACAAGGUGAUAACGCCUAUUUUUCCAAUAAACAUAGACAGUGUUGCA